AUGAUGGAAGGUCAUUAUCACGGUCAGCAUUGGACAGCGUGGUUCCUAUGGAAGGAAGGAAUACAGGGUAGUGAGAUCCAUUGUUGCAUGGUGCCGUUCUGUGGGAACAAAGCACUCUCAAGGCAUACCGUAUCCCGUUGGUUGGCCAAGUUCAGCAGUGGAAUGGAGACUACAGCCAAAGGUGUCAGCGAGGGACGACCGGCAGCAUCACAUACAGCAGCAAAUGUGGCAGCCGUGUCGGAUUUGAUCAUGGCCAAGAGGCGCAUAACGUCCAACAAGAUGCAGGAAGAAACAGGGCUUGCGCAAAGAACAUUGCAGGCGAUUGUGCUUGAUGAUUUGGAGAUGACAAAUGUGUGUGCAAAGUGGGUGGACCUUGGACCUCGAACCAAGACCUCGGACUAA